GGCAUGAUUAAUUUUCUAAAGUUAAUGUAAACUUGUUUUCUUGCAGGCUAUCACUUCUACUGGGACAAAGAAGGGCGAGUUGUUUUUGGCUAAUGUCAGCACUAAGUUGACAAACAAGAAUAUUACCACCGAUGUGAAAGUUGAUACCAACUCCAAUAUAGCAUUGCUUUCUAUGAACAUCUUGUUUUACAUAAUUGGAAUCUAUUGUAAUCUGAUUCCAACUUCUUUGCUGUUUCCGUCUUCCGCUCCUAGCUUUUCACCACCAUUACGUUGAUGAACCUGCCCCUGGCUUGAAGGCUAUUUUUAGUUUCCGUGUUCCUGAUCAGAGAUCUGGCAAGGUACAUCGAUUAUUACGCGUGGGUAGGUGUACCUUGUACGUGUAACUUUUGGGUUGAAACUUAAUGCCUUCUAUGAUAUCUCCUCAAUGGCAGGACAAAGCUAGUGGGUUUUUUUCCGCUUCAGGGGUUAAACUUAAGGACGCGGGGAAUCAAGCUGGGACUUUUGCCAAGGAUGCAAAAGAGAACGUGGUUGAUGCAGCUGAAAGAGUUGGGUCUGUGUUUAAAAGUAAAUGGUCACUUUUCCAGCAACCCUCUACUAAGGAUGCUGUGCAGGAGAGGUUUCUUUCAGCUGCUGCUUCAACAAGCUUCCUCGUAAGGAAAGGAAUCUCAGAGACCAAAGAAAAAGUUUCUGUAGGAAAGAUAAAAGUUGAGGAGGUGGCAAAGAAAACUGCACAAAGAAGUAAAUCCUUUAUAUCAGAUAUUGAAAGAUGGCAAAAAGGUGUUGCAAGCAGUGACGGUCUACACUCCGAGGAUUGCGCCUUAUGCGAGGAAUUUGAUGUGGUUCGUGAGCAAUGGGCUAAGUUUUUUACCAACAAGUAUUUAUUAUUGGCUUUAGCGCGCUUGAUCGAGUUGGUUUAGUUGUUAUAGAAUAAAUUUUAUAUUAAAAUGUAUGUUUAUGUUGAAAUUGGAACAUAUAUUUAAAUGUAAUAUGUGCACUUUGGUUUUGGGAUAUAUAGUAUACAAAACUCCAGUUGUUGUUUUUAUAUUUGUUAUAUAGGUUGCGUUAUUCUA